CCUCCCCCCGCGGCGUUGCCGGGAAACCCGCCAGCCGGAAGCCCCGCCCCCUCCUGCGCAGGCUGAUCUCGGCCUGGCCUGGCGGGGAGAGGAGAGGAGGGCGCGCCGCGCAGUGACUGGCAGCAAAGGCCCCGGCCCGGCCCGGCAGCACCAUGAAGUGGAUGUUCAAGGAGGACCACGCGCUCGAGCACCGCUGCGUGGAGUCGGCCAAGAUCCGGGCCAAGUACCCCGACCGCGUCCCGGUGAUCGUGGAGAAGGUGUCCGGCUCGCAGAUCGUGGACAUCGACAAGAGGAAGUACCUGGUGCCCUCCGACAUCACCGUGGCCCAGUUCAUGUGGAUCAUCCGCAAGAGGAUCCAGCUCCCCUCCGAGAAGGCCAUCUUCCUCUUCGUCGACAAGACCGUCCCCCAGUCCAGCCUGACUAUGGGGCAGCUGUAUGAAAAGGAAAAGGACGAGGAUGGAUUCUUGUACGUGGCCUACAGUGGAGAAAACACGUUUGGUGUCUGACAGCAUCUCCCCUCCUUCGCCUCUUCUUGUACAUAGCUUGUGGUUUGUGAUCAUGACCCUCCCUUGGCUUAUCCUGCAUCCGCCACUGGGUUGAUUUAAUGUAGUGAUAGAUUUUGGUUUGUUAAGACUAGUAAUUUAUUUCUGUUGCACAUUAUCAUGGCUGUAAAUUCCAUCGCCUCCCUUCCUGAGAAACAUUUCAUGGCAUUAUUGUUUACAUAUUGAAGCAAAGUAGUUGAAAUUGGGAGGGGGGGGGUUUGAAAUGUUUAAUUAUUAUUUAAUGUCAUGGGAGCUUCUUGGUUAUCCUCAGCAGUAUCAAGAUACUUAUAUGUUGAUGUAUAUGUUCCUCUUGGUGAAUUCCACUAGAGGCUGUGAUAAUUAAAACUUCUCUCACAAA